GGGGUGAAACAACUAGACAGGAAGACAGAUCCAGAUCGAUGAGGCCGAGGUAAAGAGCCACCAUCGAACUUGGCUGAAGCAACGUUGUUCUUCUUCUCCUUUUUUCCCCGUUAAGCCUUAUUACGCACACUCAUCCUCCUGUCCUCCAAACCAAGAAGAUGCCCAAAUCCUCACCGUGUGUAUUCCCAAGGUCCUUCCUGUGGCUGGCAUCUUUAGUCGCUUUGGUGGUGCAGUCGGUGCUCUCUUCCUCCUACUCCUCUUCCUCCUCCUCUACAUAUCAGAUAUCUGUACCCGGACGGAAGCGGUCGGGCUUUAUGGAGAGGACGCUGGUUCUCCUGGAUGUCAACACCCGCAGUCCGAUCCGAGUCCUCAACGACAACUUCCUUUCUGUGCAGCUAGACCCUUCGAUCAUCAAAGACGGCUGGCUGGACUUUCUGAGCUCCAAGCGCCUCGUGACCCUCGCGCGCGGCCUGUCUCCGGCCUUUUUGCGCUUCGGCGGAAAGCGAACCGACUUCCUGCAGUUCAACAACCAGAAGAACCUCGCCAAAUUCAGAGGGCCGGGGCCCGACUACUACCUGAAGAACUACGAGGACGACAUAGUGCGCAGUGACAUUGCAUUGGACGAGCAGAAGGGCUGCAAACUGGCCAACCACCCCGACAUAAUGCUGGAGCUGCAGAGGGAGAAAGCGGCCACCACGCAGCUCGUCCUGCUGAAAGAGCAGAUGUCCAACAUCUACAGCAACAUCACGAUAACAGCCAGGUCUUUAGACAAACUGUACAAUUUUGCCAACUGUGCCGGUCUGCACCUGAUCCUGGGCCUCAACGCGCUGCACCGAAACCCAGACAACUCCUGGAACACCUCCUCAACGCUGAGCCUCCUCAAGUACGGCGCCGGCAAGAAGUAUAACAUCUCCUGGGAGCUUGGCAACGAGCCCAAUGCCUACCGCAGCAUGGUGGGCCGAGCGGUCAACAGCACCCAGUUGGCCCAGGACUACGUGAAGCUGCGGACCCUGCUGCAGUCCGUACGCUACUACCACCGAGCCCACCUGUACGGCCCCAAUGCGGGACGACCCCGCAAGAACGCCGUCCUGCUGCUGGACGGGUUCAUGAAGAAUGCUGGCUCUGCUGUAGAUGCAGUUACGUGGCAACAUUAUUACAUGGAUGGCAGAGUGAACAAAGUGGAGGACUUCCUAAAAACGCGUCUGUUGGACACGCUGACAGAGCAGAUCACUAAAGUCACCGAGGUGGUGAACACACACACUCCCGGUAAGAAGGUGUGGCUGGGUGGACUGGGCCCGGCGUGGGCAGGAGGCUUCAGUAAUCUCUCUGACACAUACGCCGCCGGCUUUCUCUGGGUGAACGCGCUGGGACUGUCUGCCGUGCAGGGGAUCGACGUUGUCUUGCGUCACUCAUUCUUUGACUACGGCUACACGCACCUUGUGGACCAGAACUUUAACCCUUUACCGGAUUACUGGUUCUCUCUGGUCUUCAAGCGCCUGGUGGGUCCGAGGGUUCUGGCCGUGCGGGUGGCUGGACUGCAGAGGAAGCCGCAGCCAGGACGGGUCAUACGAGACAAGCUACGCAUCUACGCCCACUGCACCAGCUACUACAAUCAUAACUACGUGAGGGGGUCCAUAACAAUCUACAUCAUCAACCUGCAUCGGUCGCGAAAGAAAAUCAAGUUGGCGGGAACGUUACGGAACAAUACGGUCCAUCAGUACCUGCUGCAACCCUACGGGCCCGAUGGACUCAGAGCCAAAUACGUCCAGCUGAACGGAGAGAAGCUGCUGAUGGUGGACAACGAGACGUUCCCAGAGUUCAAGCCGAAGACAUUGAGGGCUGGACGGACGAUAGCCAUGCCUCCCAUGACCAUAGGCUUUUAUGUCAUCAAAAACAUUAACGCGUACGCCUGCCGAAGAUAGCACUGACCUUCUGACCCAAAGCGUAAAAACCGUUUGGCUCUUCAUUUUCUUUUUCCACCUCUCUGGGAAAACAAAGGUCAGAAUACCACUUUGAUCGGGAUUUCAUAUCUUGCUCGAUGACACUUGUGUAGAGUGUGGUCUUAGUUUAACAGCAACCUCUUAUUUCAAUGAUAAUAUUUAAACCUUGACUUUUGUCAUUUGGGUCCUUGUUGCUCUGAAAAGGAGACUUGACCAAAACCCAUUAAAAGGGCUGCACUGAACACUUUUAAAAUGUUUUUCCCAGAAACUCCUCAUACGCUACAAGACUUGAAUGGACUGAUUGUUUUGUGGCUUUGUAUGGAGUUAUGCAAUACCAUUAAUAUCCACAUUCUUUAACGUGAUUAAGCUCUUGGAUUGCAAAAUCUCCGUCUGACAAAAGUUUAAUUUCCUUUUUAUCUCCACUGACCGACUGAGAGAAAACUCAUUAUAGCUUACGAAGGGUGUGUGUGGGUAAUGCCUGGACAAGCUAACGGCUUAGUGUGUGUGUAUCCAUGUGUUUUAUUGAUAAAGCUACUGAUGUUUUCUUUCCAGUCUGUUGCUUCUGAAAGUAUAUAUAUAUAUAUAACUUCUCUUUCCAUAUGGAGUGGCUUAAAGGGACAAAGCCUUCAAAAGUUUCUUUUAAAGGCUUGUUUGCUGUGAUGUGUGUAUCAUUGCAUUUCUGCUGCAGGUUUAUAGUGUUGCGUUGCAGUGGUGCGUAGCUGAAGAACAGUGUGAAUCCAUCCACAACACCUGGCCUCGCAGGCUGCCUACAUCCUGCUUUCAAAAAUGAAAAAAUACCAGUUUUUGGGCUGUAUUUUUAUGUUCAGUGUGAUCUCACGUUUUAUAAUCCUCUUAUGCUGCUAGGGUGUUUUGUACCAAAUAUACUUUAUAUAUUUUACAUAAUUUUGUACAGAUUUACUGUCAUAUGGUAUUAGAUAAUGUAUUGUACAUAAAGAGAGUGUUGGAAAUAAGUGAUUUGUUUACUUACACACAGUACACAUCUAAUUUAUACUUUGCUUUGUCUUUAUAUUUCUAUUAUUAAACUCUGUGUUUUGCAAAAAAAGGAAAAAACCUUUCACAUUUAUUGAAGUUACAUUCCAUAGUAUUUUAACAUCUUACACAAAGAUUGGCUUCCUUUAAUAAAGACUAAAACCGUAGAGUGAUUAAAGAUGUCAUUAUCUUGUCUGUAUUGAUUGAAUCAGAACAAUGACAAUGGGGAUAUUAUCAUAAGAUAAGAUGAGAGGCAGCAGGUUCCGUACCCAACAUUAAAGAAUAUUUGUUGAUAGUUGAUGUAGAGAUGUUCAUAUUUCUUUUGCAGAGCAUUAUUUUACUAUGUAAAGUGUUCCUAUAUAUUGUUUUUUUAUUUUUCUAAAAGUUAACAUAAUAAUAAACACAUCAA